AUGAUAGUUGGCUUGGGGAGCUUCGUUGAGGGCAAGGCUACGCUUCGGGGUUCAUGGCUUGAGGCGAGCGAGCAAGACACUGCAACACGGCAAUCUGGAGAGGCCGUGGAGGGCAAAUUGAACAAGCGGCAACAGGAUAUACAAGACGUCCAGGAUAGCCCCGAAUCUCAGCAACUUCCUUACCGCCCCUCUGCCAAAGUCUCUUCAAAACCCCCUCUUUCGAACACUAUCCGGAAGGAUCCCGAUUCUAAGGUCAAGCCUACGACAACUUCAGCAACCCAUUCAUCAAGUGGAACCGAUUCAAGAUUGAUUUCGAAUCAACCAAAUUCGGACGAAGCGAAUCAGCAAAAUAAGGCGACGCUCAGAAGCUCUGUUUCAAUUGACGACGCACCAGAGGAAACUGUCCCAUCUGCUUUCGAGAAGAUCUUCUCCCGGGCGGCAAACUUGAUCCGAGAGUCUAUCGAGGUGGAAGGGGUUGUUUUCCUUGAUGCAAGAGUUGAGUCGUUUGGAGAGCUUGACCAGGAUGAAUUCCAAAAAGCGCGUGAAGCGUGGGUACACGGCGCAACAACAAGCAGCGAUGAAAGUGCAGACUCUGGAAGCCCGCCAAGGCCCAUGCAUCCCUUCGCCUCGGGCAUUGAAAACAAAGAUAUCACCACUUGCCGAAUGCUAGGCUUCUCAACGUCAACAUCCUCUAGCAUCGACCAUGGUAAGCCGGGCCACAAUUAUGCAAUGGGUGAUUCAUUGUUGAAGGCCCUAUUGGGUCGAUACCCACAUGGGAAGAUCUUCAACUACAAUGAAAACGGAUUACUGUCUGAUGACAGUAGCGGUGGUAAUACCUCCCGCAGCGCCGAGACGAAUUCAGGCUCGGAAAGGAAGAAGAGAAGGCGGAAGCCUCACCAUACGCAAAAUGCCAAUGCUCUGGUUAAAGUCCUUCAAGGUGCCAGAAGCAUUAUCUUCUUACCUUUGUGGGAUUCCCACAAAGGUAGGUGGCUUUCUGGGAUGUUUAUCUGGACGAAAUCUCCAGAACGCGUCUUCACUCCCGAAAUAGAACUCACAUAUCUUCGCGCUUUUGGCAAUAGUGUCAUGGCAGAAAUCCAUCGAUCUGAUGCUGAAAUGGCGGAGAAAGCCAAAACAGACCUGCUCAGCAACAUCUCACAUGAGCUGAGAAGCCCUCUCCAUGGAAUAUUGGGAACUGCGGAUAUUCUCAGUGACACGGCCAUGAAUAUGCUUCAGCAAGGCAUGGUACAUACAAUUGAGUCGUGCGGCCGGACGCUUUUGGACACCAUCAACCAUUUACUCGACUUCACCUACAUGAAGAAGUUCAAAUCUGACUCAGGGGAGAAGUAUGCGAAUCAUGAGAAACAAAUUGAUGUACCGGAUCUAAAACCGGCAAAGCUCCAGCGCAACCCACCAAACAGCAGUGACAGGGCCUAUGCCCCUGUGCAGCUUGAUUCCGUUCUUGAAGAGGUAGCGGAGAGUGUUUUUGCUGGUCAUAGCUUUUACCAUCAUCCCCGGGCUCAGCCUCAGAAGGUGACCAACAAUGAAUCUUCCAUGUCCAUCUCCCUACCAACAGAGCAGGUGACUAUUAUACUCGACAUUCAAGAGGCUGAAGAAUGGGCCUUUCUCACAAGCGCUGGUUGUUGGCGACGCAUUCUGAUGAAUGUUUUUGGCAAUGCACUGAAGUACACCCCUUCGGGCUUCAUAUAUGUGGGACUGAAGUCAGCUCCCCACAACCGCCAGAUGAGUGAUAGUUCUGAGGGUUCCACAGCCUCCGAGGGGCUGGAUAGCCAAUGCUUGGUCACCCUGACUGUCAAAGACACUGGCCAGGGCAUUAGCGCGGAAUACCUUCGGGACGGCCUAUUCACUCCUUUUUCGCAAGAGGAUGGACUAGCCCCUGGAAGUGGACUCGGUCUCAGCAUCGUCCGCCAAGCGCUCGUCUCUAUUGGUGGCUCUAUUGAAGUCUCUUCUGAAAAAGGUCAUGGCACAGAAAUAUCAAUUGAGGUGCCUUUGAACGUUGCCCCAGAAAAAGAUACGUCGGAUGGUGCUUCAUCAAACGAGGCUUACAGAGAGAUAAGAAAAUGGGCGGAGGGCAAAACCAUUGGCUUGUUAGGGUUUGCUUCAUCGCUUGUGUCACCGCGAGACAUUACCCUCUACAAAUCUCUGGAGCAUUUAUGCCAAGACUGGUUCCAUUUGACUGUCAAACGGGUGUCUCCUUCCGCGGAUAACAACGACCCUUGUGACUUUUACAUGGCGGUUCAAACAGAUCUCGACGACCCAGAUGAAGAGCAAGACCAACUGCAAAAUAUCGGCUCCAUCAUCGAUGGAAAAGAUUGUGACGUUUCGCCCCUCAUUGUCAUUUGCGAGUCUCCUGAAAAGGCGCAUACCAUGUUCGCACGUGCAGCGAACCAAAAGCGAGAAUCCAUUAUCGAAUAUAUAAGUCAGCCAUGUGGACCUCGCAAACUAGCCAAAGCGUUGAGUCUUUGUAUUCUUCGGCUAGAUGGUCGGGAUCCUGAGGCCAAUAAGCCAACUCACUGGGUCGAAAUGCCAAACUCGUCAAAAAUCCCGCUCGAUGUUGGGCCCCGGGACCCGCCCAAUGAAAGAAUGAAACUCGGCAAACGACCAAUGUUAGACACCACGGGAUCCUCUGAGAAGGAACACCUCAAAUAUGAUCUCGAUGACCGAAUCAAAAGCCCUACACCUAUCGCUGAAGGAGCUCCGCCGUCCAUCGCAGCAGAAGAUACAGUCAACGAUGAGUUAUCAGUUUUACUGGUUGAUGAUAACCAAAUAAACCUGCAAAUUCUGGUUGCUUAUGCAAAGAAAGAGGGCUGGAAUAUCAUGACGGCAACAAAUGGACUUGAGGCUGUAAAGACUUUCCGGGCCCACUCUGGAAAGUUUGCAGCAGUCAUCAUAGGUAUGCAAAGCUCCAUCUAUUUCAACACGUUCUAA